GACCCCGGGCCCGCGAUGGACUGUACGCAUGCGUACGCCUGGGACGUGCUUUUCGCCAGCCUCCCGCAGGGCUGCGUGAAGAACGUCCUUCCUACUAGGAGUGCGCAGGCGCACGACCACAACUCCCGGAGGCCUCCGCACGCAGGCCCCAAACUACAAUUCCCAGGUGUCUUUGCGGAAACGCCUUCAUGGGGCCGAGGUGACCGGGGAAGAGACAUGGCUUCCUUGCUUGCGUCUCUGGGUCGUCUCUGGGGUCCUCGCAGUGGGUCGGCGGCCCUGCUGGGUGGCAGGUGCCCGCAGCCCUGGGGCGGCCCCGGGGUGCAGCCGAGCCGCGGCCGGACGCGCGGGACCGAGUACCAGCCCAGCAACAUCAAGCGGAAGCACAAGCACGGCUGGACCCGCAGGCUCAGCUCCCCGGCCGGCGUGCAGGUCGUGCUGCGCAGGAUGUGCAAGGGACGCAAGUCGCUGAGCCACUGAGCCGCCCCGGACCGGACCCGACCCGACCCGACCCGGGACCCUGCGGCUGGCCACACCGGUGCAGAAGCAGAAGCCCAGCUCACGCGUGGACCUUUCCAGGACCCCGGGGCCGAAAGACGGGACUAAGGGCGCCCGGUCGCCUGCACGCUUCCUGAUGUCUAGAAUCUUCCAGAAGCCUCCAGGAAGCCGGGCAGAGGAGCGGAUUGCUCCCAACCCCGCCCCGGGGGGCUUCUCGCUGUCGGAAUAAAGGUCCUCGAGGCUG